CAAAAGUAGUCUGAUCAAAACCCCCUCAAAACCCCUCUUUCUGAUUUCAAACCCUAACUCAAGAAUUUUCUACAAUCGCCAUUGAUUGCCAUCAUAUAAUCCUGUUAAACUUCGAUCUCGCACUGUAGAGAUCAUCAUCAUCAUCAUGGAUAUCGAGCAAAUGCAAGCAGAACAUAUCCAACACUUCGUCAAACAAGCGUCCACCAUUAACGGUUCAACAUCAUCACUCGUAAACAUCAUUGUUCAAGCUACGUCACAUCCUUCUCUCUUCGCUUUCACCGAGAUCCUUUCCGUACCGAAUCUUCUUGAGCUUCAAGGAACAGAAGAUUCUAAAUACCUUGAUUUACUUCAGAUGUUUGCUCAUGGAACAUGGAGUCAAUACAACUGUAAUGCUAGUAAACUCCCGCAGUUGAUCCCUGAACAGGUCCUCAAGUUAAAGCAACUCACCAUGCUCACAUUAGCUGAGGCUAACAAGGUACUCCCCUAUGAUGUGCUGAUGCAUGAAUUGGACGUGGUAAAUGUCCGUGAGCUUGAAGAUUUUCUUAUCAACGAGUGCAUGUAUGUGGGCAUAGUAAGGGGCAAGCUAGAUCAGCAGAGGAGAUUUUUUGAGGUGCAAUUUGCAGCAGGCAGGGAUCUCAGGCCCGGUCAAUUAGGGGACAUGAUGCAUACACUCUCAGAUUGGUUGGGUACAUCAGACGGCUUACUUAUUACAAUUCAAGAAAAGAUAAAAUGGGCAGACUCCAUGAGUGAGCUGGACAAGAAACAUAAAAAGGAAAAUGUUGAAAUGCUUGAAGAAGCGAAGAAUGCACUCUCCCUCAAGGCGGCUGACAUUGACUUCCGAGGGCACGGGCGUUUCGCUGAACCUGGUGGAAUAAUGGAUUUUGGUGAAGACCGACGAUCCAAGAGGAGACGGCAUCCGAUGGGAUGAGGGUUGUCAAAGAUAUCGAAUGGGGAUUGCCGGGUGCACACCAGUAUCUAGUUUAUCUCUGGUGGCGUUACGGCAGUAUAUGAUAGAGCUCUGCCUGCUUUCCGAGGGGGGUGAAUGUCCUUUGAACUCUGACCUAGGUUUUUGAAAUCCAAAUUCAGAUUAUUAGCAUUGUUUUUGGCUCUGUAAUUAGAUCAAAAAAGUUCUUUUUUUCUACAUUUGAUGAUGAUCAUAGCUUGUGUUCUCAUCUUGUGUUGGUUAUCACCCUUUUAGCGACGUUAGUUUCAAUCCUGAACAUGUUUGAAUGCAAUUUUAAUAACUUUUUGAUGACAAAA